AUGUUGAAGUUGGACGUGGAAUGCUUUGCUAUGGUCUCAUCAGAGCACUUGGCCGGAAAAUGCUACUUUCCCUCACUCAAAGAAUUGGACAUUUACCUUGGACCAGCCCAAAACAACCGUCGAUUUUACUCUAAUCGCGUGAAGGCCAUUAAUUCAUUCAUGCUCAAUCUGCCAGCCUUAUCGGACCUUAGGGUGACUGGAUGGCACCCGCGCAUAGCUGUUGAUACAAUAUUGGCAACGCAUGGAUCGCGCCUUGUCCACCUCUCCUUGAUAUCAUUCAACGGAAAAACACUUUCUUUGGAAAAUCUUCAUCAAUUAGUCGAAACCUGUCAAAUAUUAGAGACAUUAACUAUACAAAUCAAGCGCUCCAGAGGAAACUACGAGGAAUACGUCCAUUAUCAAACGCUAGGAUUACUACCAAGAUUACGCCAUCUCAAUUUCAAACUCGACGCUUACCAGUCCCUUAAUUAUGAUGAAAUGAAUGAAGAGGAUUUGCAACCCCCAAGUGAUCCUUCUUUUAGUGAAUUUGACGAGAGGUUAAGCUCAGUUCGAAUCAUCCCGCGCCGCUUCGCAAGGAAUGGUCACAUUAGGAAUACCUUCAUCAAUAGUACAUUGGAUAAGGAGCUCGCGCACAAUAUAUACCAGGCCAUUUACUCUCUGAGAUGUGAAGGAGACAGCCGCUUUGUCCCACUCGCUUCAAUGGAAAUAGGUGUCACUGGAGCUUGUCAAUUUGGCCAACACCCGUACAAUCAGACGCCGCCAUGUAUUAAGGAUGUAGUUGACUAUCUAGGCCGACCAUGCUACGUGAAGCGCGUUAUUGGAAGUGGUGGAAACGUCAAGGUCGUGAUAGAGCAAGAACCAUCAUCUGAGGUACCGAAGACUGACCGAGGAAGCGAAAUCCUGGAACUAAAUCAUCGGAUUGAUGCUGUUUACAAACGUGUUUGGCCUGCAAAAAGUUCACAUUGGUGGAAGAAUUGGCAUAGUUUUCCAUUGGCGAAAUCGGUUGAUGAGGAACUUGACUGGAAGUCGAGGUAA